AUGGAGCAAUACUCCCCUUCAAAGGGAGGUCCUUCCUCUCCCAUUGCUUCUCGUGAGCCACGAUUGCAUCUGCCCUCGACAACCGAUCCGCCAGGCCCGCAGAACCCUCCAAAACCCCUCGUAUGGCUGAUUUUUGGAGCAACUGGCCAUAUGGGUCGCUCGCUCGUGAAAACCGCCCUAUCGCGAAAUGACCUGGUGUCCGCCGUCGGGCGCACCUACGAGAACAGUCCAGAAUGCAUGAAAGAGCUCGAGGACGAACACGAGAACUGUCUCGGCCUUCUCUGCGACGUGCGCGCCCGCGAGACAGUCAAACGCGUUAUUGACCAGACAAUCGCGCGAUUUGGACGCAUAGAUGUUAUCGCCAAUUGCUCGGGGUACGGCGUGAUCGGGGCGUGCGAGGACCAGGACGAAUUUGACAUCCGAAACCAGUUCGAGACAAACUUUACGGGCACGUUGAAUAUGAUUCAAUUGUCUUUACCUCACUUUCGUGAGCGGCGCUCUGGUCGGUACUUGAUUUUCAGCUCGACAUCCGGCGCGCUCGGGGUUCCAGGGCUGGGCCCGUAUUGCGCGUCGAAGUAUGCGGUCGAGGGGCUCAUGGAGAGCAUGCUAUAUGAGGUGGACAGCUUCAAUAUAAAGGGCACUCUCGUUGAGCCGGGGCACAUGCGCCGCGAUGAUAUCGGCGACCUGGUUUCCCCCUCAGUCAUGGCGGCCAACCCUUCCGAACAUAAUCUCUCAUCACCACUGCCUCUGUACGGACAUUUCUUGGUCAAGCCGCCGAGUGAACCAUAUAAUACACCCACAUCACCGGCCGCACAUGCCCGGCGUAUGUUGAUGUGGCUUGCAGACAAGCAGCCUGCGUCGGCGGUCAAGGCUGCUCAUCUUGUUUGGGAGCUGGGACACUGCUCAUACCCUCCCUUGCGUCUGAUACUGGGGACCUAUGCGGUUGAGAGCAUCCGUGAUCGGUUGAAGUGCAUUAUAGAAGAAAUUGAAGACUGGAAGCACCUGAGUUUCCCAUUGGGGGAAACGCAGCCUGCUGCGGCCACCAGUCGAGAUAAGUCUCUACCGGCGGAAGGGAAUGAGAAUGAGAACGCUGGGGCUACCGGAUGA